AUGGCGGCAGCCCCGGACAUGACGUUGGAGCACGCCCCCGUCCUUCCGCAUGUCGCAUCGGAGGAUGGUGCCUGCAUUGAUUCCUUGGAGGCUCCUUUGCCCGUGGCGGCCGCGGCGUCCUCACCAGCUCCUGAGGAGGUCCACGGUGACAGCCCAGUUCCUGGGACAGAGGCUAGCCAAGAGCCUAUGCAACAUAAGGAGUCCCAGCCCAUGGUCGAGGCCAGUAUGUGGUCUCCCACGCUGGAGAGGAUGUGGUCGAAUGAGCCGUCGCAGGAACAGUCAACUCCAUCACGGGGCAAUGCUUCGCUGCUGCUCGCAACUGAUGUUGGCGCAGAGCAAUGCACGCCCACUGGUGGCCCGGCGACAUCAGCGUUAAGAAUGCCCAAUGCUUCAAGAACCUGCUCUAUGGUUUACUACAGACAACGUGCCCAAGUCCUGGUCACCGCCCCGGUGGAAACCAGUGCCACGGAGGGGACCAGCAAUAAUCCUUCGACGCCGGCGACGCUAGCGCCCACAUCGGCCAGACGGAGAUCAAGCUUCAUGGCGAAGAUCACAAAAAAGACCAUGAUAAUUCUCCCUGCACCGCGUGCUACAAGGCCAAAGGCUCAGGCACGUCAAGAUGCAGUACGCACUCUGGUCUCCUCUUCCCGUGUUGACGUGGUUUGCAUUCAAGAAACAAAAAUAGAGAAGCUCUCUCGAGGAAAAAUUCUUGCCGCCCUUGGUUCAGACUUUACCCAUUUUGUAGAGCUGCCAUCGGUAGGUGCCAGUGGAGGGAUUCUUGUAGCCUGGCGCAAUGAGCUUGGCCCUGCUAAUGCUACUCGGGUGGACAGCCACUGCAUCUCUGUCCAAUUCAGCCCAAGUGCAGGUCAAGCAUGGUGGCUCACAUGUGUCUAUGGACCUCAGGGGGAUGACAAUAAGGUGCUCUUCCUGCAGGAAUUAAGGGACGUACGAGCCGCUUGUCAGGGCCCAUGGAUAGUGUUGGGAGAUUACAAUCUCAUUUACAGAGAUGAGGACAAAAAUAAUGCAAUCUAA